GCCUGCUCUCUAGUCCCUUGUUUCAUACUUUCAGUACAGUUUUGUGUGUAUAUUGGAGCUCUCUCAAACCCUAGACCGAAAUACUGAUAACUAUCAAAGAGAAGAUGGUGGCAACGAAUUUGAAAGCAGAGACAAUGUCUUUAAUGGAGAAAAGGAGUUCGUUGGAGGCCGAGAUGAACGUCAUCAUCGAGCGCCUCUGUCAACCUGGCGGUCCCGGACUUUCUGGCAAUCUUGUCGAUUCCGAGGGGUUUCCUAGGUCUGAUAUCGACAUCCCAACUGUCCGAGCGGACCGGCAUCGGCUUGCUGAACUCCGAAAUGAUCACAAGGAUGUUACAGGGAAAAUAGAUGAAAAUAUACAAAUGCUGCAUUCGGCCAGGCUUGCUCCUAAAUCUUCACCCUUCAAAGAUUCAGGUAAUAUUGAAGGGUCAAGUAAUCAAUACCCACUUGUUGUCAAUGCUGGUACAUUGACCUCUUCCAACAAUGUUCUUCCGGGUGAUGCCAUUAGUGCUAUGGAUGUGGAUGUAACUGCUAGCAUACCCUUUGCAAUGGUCGAUGAAAUAGCUGAUACUUCGCCUGCAGCAGAAGAUGGUCUACAACUUGGAGAUCAGAUUGUGAAAUUUGGGAAUGUGGUUGCUGGCAAUGAUUUGCCACGAAGGCUUGCUUCUGAAGCACAGACUAAUCAGGGCCAUGCUAUACCUGUAGUGAUUAUGAGGCAAGGCUCACUUGUCAACUUGACGGUGACGCCUAGAUCAUGGCAAGGCCGGGGCAUCUUGGGGUUUCGUGGAUUGCUUGCAGAUGUCAUUUCCGAAUCCUGUGAUGGGUGCUAUGUUGUGUCGUUGCAGCCGGAAGACAAUGUUUGGAUAGACUAGUUUGAACAUUUAAUUCUCUGUUUGCCUAUCCAUUACUAUAAGAUUGGUAUUAAGCUGUUCUAUCAUCCAUCUACUUAAUCAUAUCUUAUAUGUCUGAUGAGUUCUAUUUUCUA